AAGAUACAUAUUGCUUUAUCAUUACAACGAUGUACUAAAGAUAAUUGUUUACUGUUUCACUGCUUGUUGAACAGAACAGUCAAAGAAUGAUGUACGGAUUGCUUGGUGUUCUCCUUGUAGUAACAACAGUCUCUACGGCAGGUAGUUGCAAUGUGGGCACUAUACCUCUCCAUAAAGGUUCCGUCAUGGCAACAUCGUCGGAUUCCUAUUACGAGGAAGGGGAUAUAUUAAAUAGAAACUGCUCUGCACUUCCGAGGCAGAAAUAUAUAGGAUGGUGCCCGAAUCCUCAUGACGUGGGUCCUAAGAUUCAGAUCAACUUACCAGGAGAGACAGCUGUUCACGAAUUAGUGUUCCAGUCAACCUUGGCGUCUUGUCCUUCGGCAACGCACAACUUUGCUACAGAUGCUUUCCUUGAGACCUUUGACUUACAAUAUGUCUUACCUGGAGAUAAUACGAACACACUGAUGAUGUUCGGCGAGAGCUUGCCCGCCUUAGACGGAAUGUCGGCAGAGAAGUCAUUCAAGUUUGACCCACCUUUGGUGACCAGGAUUCUGACGCUUACGCCGAAAACACACAACAUUUACCCAUGUUUUAGAUUUGCCGUGGUCGGAUGCUCUGCAGCCAAUUUAUGUCAACCAGGAUUUUGUAUGAAUGGGGGAAAAUGUGCUGGAGAAAAUUAUUGCGCAUGCGCACAAGGUUUUGCUGGAGACCGUUGCGAUAUGACAGCUAAAGACAUCAAACAGCAAGAUUAUAGCUUCACAGAUAUUACAAACCACAAACUCAAUACUCCAUAUGCUCAAUUUGACGUGGUUGGUGACGUCACAUUAUCACAGGACCGUCGACGUGAUCAUCACCAUGGACACUCCUGUCAUUUCCAUAGUCAUCAUGGGCACCAUAGUUACUGCCAAUACAGUCAUAGUAACAGCCACCACGACAAUGGACAUCACCAUGGACAAAGCCAUUGUAUGCAUGGAUUAACGAAUAAUCACCAUGGGUUUACAACAUCAAUGCAUGUUCAGAACGGACAUAAUCAUAAUGGCCACCAUUAUAUUUAUUCCAAUGGAGGACAUCUGUACGGACACCAUGGGUCAUCAUUGAGUUAUAACAGUGUACACAAUUCACUUCACUUCCAUGUUAGUACUACAACACACAAAUGGGAGGUUAAUAUAAAAGUUGACUUGGGGACACAGCAACACCAUGUUUCAACAUCAUGGCAUCCUCACACUGGUGCUCAUAUACAUUUGAACAAUCAUCUCGUCGGGUCGUGUGGGAAUCCAAAACCCCACAGCACACCCCAUACAAGUACAGUUCCUCUCCGGCUGGGAAACGGUCACAUUGCCGUAAAUUUGGAUAUCAACGUUAUUUUGAAUAUGUCAAUAUCUAAUUUAAACAUGUAUCCGGCACCAAAACCAUCUUUAACUAAACUUGGAAUUACAGGACCAUUAACACCCGCACCACCGACCGCUCUACCUCAGCAACCAACAACCACUGCACCAGUAUCGGCAACUUCUACACACGGGACUCAACCAACUCCGCAGAGACUAACUGUACACGUGACACAGGCACCCGUAACUACACCAUCUACACCUAGCACUACAGUUGACCAAAGGCCAGUUUGUUAUACAUAUGCAAACGAGACUAGCAUCGGAGGAUCUCAGUCCCAUACAAGAUGUCAGACAGGGGAGGUUUGUUCGUUGUAUGAAGAUGGCAACAAGAAAUACACUGCUAAAUGUUUAGAGAAAAGUCUGUGUGAGGCUGGAAAGAGGUUUGCCACACCUGGUAAAUGUUGGGAAUGCUGUGACACCUACCUAUGCAACGAUAAAUGCUCAUCAAAUACUUCUGGACCAUGUGUUGACGAGGCUCAGUGCGCGGUCAUGUUAAAGACCGGAUAUGACGUAUGCAGCAACACACUAAUGGCUGUUCAAAUUUGUAGCAAAACGUGUAAGAUAUGCUGAAAAAUUGGUAUAUUUGUUAAUAUUAAGGAAUAUCAAUAAAGUUCAAUGAAAAUAA